AUGUCCACACCACCACCAACAAACCCACCCAUCAUCCAGGGACAAUUACCCGCAAUUGCAGGUACAGAGCCGCACCGAUGCGUAAUGGACGCGUUUCGAACGGCCAUCGCGUCGCAAAUCAGCCGCGUCUUUCCAUCCAUCCCACUUGAAAAGGCCUACGAGGGUGUAGAUUAUAGUAAAAAGGACUCUGAUUUCACCGUCGCGCUCAUGCGAUUCAAAUUGGGCGGCAAGCCCGCGGACCACGGCGCGCGCUUCAAAGAGGCGUUUGUAGCGGAUGAGUGGGUAGAGAGCGUCGACGUUAAUGGCGGAUUCUUGACGUUCAAAUGCCACUCGGAGAAUCUCGCUCGUCAGAUUCUAGGGCAGGUUGAUGAAUUGACCAACAAGACGAGCAGUGGUCAAGGAGAAUAUGGUCAUAGUGAUGUAGGCAAGGGCAAAAAGGUUCUCAUCGAGUACAGCUCGCCAAACAUUGCAAAAGAGUUUCACGUUGGACACCUACGGUCGACCAUUAUCGGCGCGUUUCUUACCAACCUGUACAAAGCAUGUGGACACGAGGUCGUGUCGCUCAACUAUCUUGGCGACUGGGGCAAGCAAUUUGGCUUGAUCGCCGUCGGAUACGAAAAAUAUGGAGACGAGGCGGAGAUGGAACGCGAUCCGAUUAAACAUCUCUACAACGUCUACGUCAAAAUCAACCAGGACCUCAAAGCCGAAAAGGAGGAACUCGAAAAGAAGGCACCGAAACCCGAGCAAGCAGAUCCGUCUGCCGCUGCUGCCACUUCCAAACCAGACGACCUGGAAAAGGAAGAGGAGAGUCAAGUCGACGCUGCUGCGCGGGCGUACUUUAAGCGAAUGGAAAGUGGUGACGAGGAGAGUUUGGUCAACUGGCGCAAAUGGCGGAAAUACUCGAUUGAGCAGUACGAACAGCAGUACAAGACACUCAACGUUCAGUUUGACGAGUAUCUCGGCGAGAGCAUGGUCAGCUAUGCCCGUCAGCUCGAAAUGGUCAAGCAACUCGAGGAUAUGGGCCUCGUUUCGGAUUCCAAGGGCGCUAAACUCGUCGAUUUGGAGCAAUGGAAGCUCGGGAAAGCUAUCCUCCUCAAAAAGGAUGGAACAACAAUGUACCUGACGCGUGACAUUAUUGGUGCGAUUGAGCGAUGGGAAAAGUAUCACUUUGACAAGAUGAUCUACGUCGUGGCAUCCCAGCAAGAUUUGCACCUAGCCCAAUUCUUCAAGAUUCUGUCGCUCAUGGGCUUUGAGUGGGCGCCUCGUCUCGAACAUAUCAACUAUGGCCUGGUGACGGGGAUGAGCACGCGCAAAGGGACGGCCGUCUUUUUGAACCAGAUUAUCAAAGAAAGUGCCGACGUGAUGAUGGAGCAGAUGAUGAAGAAUGAGGAAAAGUUUAAGCAGAUUGAGGACCCAGAGUAUGUCGCGCGUGAAGUGGGUAUCACGGCGAUCAAGGUCCAGGAUAUGCAAGCCAAACGGAUCAACAACUAUGCGUUUAAUUGGAGUCGUAUGACGAGUUUCGAGGGUGACACGGGUCCAUAUCUACAAUACGCUCACGUCCGACUAUCGUCGAUUGAACGCAAAAACCCCGACCUCAUGCCCCUCCCAGACCUCUCGUCGAUCAACUUUGCGCACCUGACCGAGCCGAAAGCACGCGACAUCAUCUUCCAAUUGGGGAUGUACCCCGACGCGGUGCGAACGGCACUCAAGACGCGUGAGCCGAGUGGAAUCAUCACGUAUGCGAUGAAGCUGGCGCAUUCGAUUAGCAGUGCAUGGGACGUUCUCCUUGUCAAAGGGGAGAGUGAUCGGGAAAAGGCCAAAGCGAGGAUGUGGUUGUUCUUGUUGGCUCGUGCCGUUUUGGGUGCGGCUAUGAGGUUACUGAGUCUGACCCCGUUAGAGAGGAUGUAG